AUGAAGAAGAGGCAUCAGAAGCAGCGCGACGCGAUUCAGAAGCAACAACAGAUGAGCAUCGACCGACUAGUCGGUGACUCUGCUCGAGAUUCCAAGAAAAAGAAGAAGAAUUCGAGUACGAACGGAAGCAGACAUGCAUCGUUGUCAAACAAGGAUUCUGAUUCACAAAGUGGAGUCCAGAUCGACCAAAGGGUAAAAAGUGUUCACAUUUACAAGACAUAAAGUAAUAUGUUACAGCAAAAGGUGCUAAAAUGUUAAAGAAUGGAUAAUACUAUGUUUUUGUAGAUGAGGUCCCUCAUCACAAUUCAGACCGACGAAUGGUCUGGACUGGUCAAGAAACAACAACAAGAAGAGUUCGAGCAGAGAAAAUGUCAUAUCAAGGAAGAAUUCGAGCUGCUCAAGUAAGUAAAUACACAUUAUUUGGGAUAAAACUUCAAAUUCCAAGUUCCUUAAAAAAUCUGGAUAAAGAAAGAGUAAAACUAACCUCGGCAUUACAGGAAACUGCUGAUAGAUGGUCAGAAGAGUCAAAUAACUGUUUUGAACAAGAAGUUUGAUGAAGAGUUGAAGAACAUGAGGCUUAAUCAGACCAAGAAGUCGAUGGAUGACACCAAAGCUCUUCAACAGGUAAACUAAAAAAAUAUUAUUUCAUCGACAAAUUAGAGUAAAAACAAAAAUUUGUCAAAACUUACAAAUUUUGUCCCAUCUUCGAAAACCAACGAAAUGUCACAAUCGAUUUAUUCUGCAAACAUUUUUUUUGUUUUCGAAAAACGUUUUCUCGAGAACGGAAAUUGUGCACGACAGAAUGGGACAGUACGUUAUUUCAGGAUCGAAACAUGAGCAAAGCCGAGCGGGAUAGACGAAUCAGGGAGUUGAAUGAGAAGAACGUUAAAUUAUUCAUGGAGGAGCGGAAACGACUCCAAAUCAAACGCGAACGGAACGUAGAGCAGAUGAAGAAGAAGCACAACGAGCAGAACGAGGUGCUAGAGAGAGAGUUCAGACAGGUACGCGAUUACAGAGACUAUAAUUUAUAUUGUCGUAGUCAUAACAUUUGAAUAAUUGCCAGUUUUUCGAAUAAUUUCGUCGAAAAAUGUGUAAAAUAAGGUAAAGCCUGUGUAUAGUAAAUAAAAAAUACAUCAAAGUAACAGUUUUAAUUUGCUUUUACUUUUUUAAACAACUUGAAUCUACCUUUUACUGUUUCAGAGUCUUCAACAAGAAGAAAUGAAUCAACAGGAGUCGAUCCUAGCUGCCAAACCCGAGUCUGUGGUGUAG